AUGAAUAGCGCGAAUACCUCCUCCGUCGACGGGUCGACACCAAGAGCCAGCUCUCGGGAAAUCCACCGCGACGAUGAAAAACAGAUCGCACUAGACGAGACGAAACAAGACUCCGACCUGGAGAAAGGGCCGCCUAUACAAGUUGCCAGCGAAGAAAAGACAGACCUUGACCCUAACAUCGUCACCUGGGAUGGACCAGAUGACCCCGAGAACCCACUCAACUGGACAUCGAAGAAAAAGCUGAGAGCGACAUUAUCGAUUGCCUUGAUUACCUUACUCACACCUCUCGGCUCCUCGAUGUUCGCACCAGGCGUCCCACGACUAAUCAAAGACUUCGGCGUCACGAGUACCGAAUUAUCAGCUUUUGUGGUGUCAGUGUAUUUGCUGGGUUAUUGUUUCGGACCUCUACUGCUGGCACCUUUGUCUGAGAUGUAUGGUCGACAGUACAUCUACCACGGCUGCAAUGUUCUCUAUGUGAUUUGGACGAUUGCGUGUGCUGUUGCGCCGGAGAUUGGCAGUCUCGUUGUGUUUCGGUUCUUUGCUGGCUUUGCGGGUAGUUGUCCACUGACUAUUGGGGCUGGUUCUAUUGCCGAUAUGUUUCCGCAGGAGAAAAGGGGUGGUGCUAUGGCGGCUUGGGCCAUUGGGCCGUUAAUUGGGCCUGUGAUUGGUCCUAUUGCUGGAGCUUUCUUGGCACAGGCUAAAGGCUGGAGGUGGACUUUUUGGGUUUUGGCUAUGGCUAGCGGUGCAGUCUCAAUCAUAUCGAUAUUCACCAUUCGCGAGUCCUACGCCCCAACAAUCCUAGCCAAGAAGACAAAAAGACUCCAAAAAGAAACAGGAAAUAUGAACCUACGCUCGGCUCUAGAAAGUGAUCGCCCACCUCGAGAACUGUUCCUUUUUUCAAUCAUUCGCCCAACGAAAAUGCUCUUCAUGUCGCCCAUCGUCUUCCUGCUCUCUCUCUACGUCGGCGUGAUCUACGGAUAUCUCUAUCUCCUAUUCACAACCAUUACACCAGUAUUCGAAGAGAACUAUGGAUUUUCCCAGGGAAUCGUCGGUCUAACCUACCUAGGAAUUGGAAUCGGGUCAAUCGUCGGCCUUGUAGUCUUGGGACUUACCUCUGACCGUCUACUCAAUUACCUAUCAGCCAAGAGCGGCGUCAGAAAACCAGAAUACCGUCUCCCGCCGAUGAUCCCGGGGUCCUUGUUUGUCCCCGCGUCGCUUUUCAUGUAUGGCUGGUCGGCGUAUUAUCAUACGCAUUGGAUUGUACCUAUCAUUGGGACUUCAUUUCUCGGAGUUGGCAUGCUGAUUUCCUUCAUGACUGUCAGUACCUACCUAGUCGACGCAUUCACGCUCUAUGCUGCCUCCGCUAUGGCUGCCAAUACGGUGUUCCGUUCACUGGCCGGUGCAAUGCUCCCCCUUGCUGGCCCGAAAAUGUACCAAACACUCGGACUGGGCUGGGGGAACUCGUUACUUGGUUUUAUUGCUCUGCUGCUUUGCGGGCUGCCUGUCAUCUUUUGGCUGUAUGGUGAGCGUAUAAGAACCAGUAAACGGUUCCAAGUGGAGUUUUGA